CAGAGGAGAGACCCCCGGAGAGAGAGAGAGAGAGACCCCCGAGGAGCCGCGAGCAGCAGGAUGGGCCAGUGCAACUGCCGCAAGAAGCGCAAGGACUGCCAGGAGCUCACGGACGUGGAGCGGGCCAUCGAGACCGUCAUCAGCCAGUUCCACUGCUACGCAGUGAAGGGGCAGAAGGAGUACCUGACCCCCAACGAGAUGCAGGAGCUGGUGGUGCAGAAGCUGCCGCACCUGGGCAAGUGCGUGGGACCCCUGGAAGAGAAGAUCGAAUGCAUGGGAGACCCGAACGAGGCCAAGCUGGAGUUCGGAGAGUACUGGGACAUGAUGGGGGACGCGGCCAAGGGCUGCCGGAGGAAGUAG